CGCGCGCACCGCCCCUCGCACCAGUGCGCACGCGCGGCCCCGCCCCCGUCUCCCCGGCGCUCGGAGCCCGAGUCCGCGGGAAGAUGGCGGCCCCGCUCAUCCCGCUCUCCCAGCAGAUUCCCACUGGAAAUCCCUUAUACGAAUCUUAUUACAAGCAGGUGGACCCGGCAUACACAGGGCGCGUUGGGGCGAGUGAAGCCGCACUUUUUCUGAAGAAGUCCGGCCUCUCAGACAUUAUCCUCGGGAAGAUAUGGGACUUGGCCGACCCAGAAGGUAAAGGGUUCUUGGACAAACAGGGUUUCUAUGUUGCACUGAGACUAGUGGCCUGUGCACAGAGCGGCCACGAAGUUACCUUGAGCAAUCUGACUUUGAACAUGCCACCACCUAAAUUCCACGACACCAGCAGCCCCUUGAUGGUCACGCCGCCGUCCGCAGAGGCCCAUUGGGCUGUGAGGGUGGAAGAAAAGGCCAAAUUUGAUGGAAUUUUUGAAAGCCUCUUACCCAUCAAUGGUUUGCUCUCUGGAGACAAAGUCAAGCCGGUCCUCAUGAACUCAAAGCUGCCUCUUGAUGUCCUGGGCCGGGUCUGGGACCUCAGUGACAUCGACAAGGAUGGGCACCUGGACAGAGAUGAGUUUGCUGUGGCGAUGCACUUGGUGUACCGAGCCCUCGAGAAGGAGCCUGUGCCCUCUGUCCUGCCCCCCUCCCUCAUCCCACCUUCCAAGAGAAAGAAGACCGUGUUCCCAGGAGCUGUGCCUGUCCUGCCCGCCAGCCCCCCGCCGAAAGACAGCCUCCGCUCCACCCCUUCCCACGGCAGCGUCAGCAGCCUGAACAGCACGGGAAGCUUGUCCCCCAAGCACAGUCUCAAGCAAACACAGCCAACGGUGAGCUGGGUGGUGCCGGUUGCAGACAAGAUGCGAUUUGACGAGAUAUUCCUGAAGACCGACCUGGACCUGGAUGGCUACGUGAGUGGCCAGGAGGUGAAGGAGAUCUUCAUGCACUCGGGCCUCACCCAGAACCUUCUAGCACACAUAUGGGCCCUGGCUGAUACGAGGCAAACGGGGAAGUUAAGUAAAGACCAAUUCGCAUUAGCUAUGUACUUCAUUCAGCAGAAGGUCAGUAAAGGCAUCGACCCCCCUCAGGUCCUCUCACCGGACAUGAUCCCACCCUCGGAGAGAGGCACUCCCAUCCAGGAUGGUUCAAGUUCUCUUGGAUCAGGGGAAUUCACUGGUGUGAAGGAACUUGAUGAUAUCAGUCAAGAGAUUGCCCAGUUACAGAGAGAGAAAUACUCCCUGGAACAGGACAUUAGGGAAAAGGAAGAGGCAAUCAGACAGAAAACCAACGAAGUACAGGAAUUGCAAAAUGACUUAGACCGGGAAACGAGCAGUUUGCAAGAGCUGGAAGCUCAGAAGCAGGACGCCCAAGACCGCCUCGACGAAAUGGAUCAGCAGAAGGCCAAGCUCCGAGACAUGCUGAGCGACGUCAGGCAGAAGUGCCAGGACGAGACUCAGAUGAUUUCCUCAUUGAAGACCCAAAUCCAGUCUCAGGAAUCUGACCUCAAGUCCCAGGAAGACGACCUGAACCGGGCCAAAUCGGAGCUGAACCGAUUGCAGCAGGAAGAAACCCAGCUGGAGCAGAGCAUUCAGGCCGGGAAAGUUCAGCUGGAAACCAUCAUCAAGUCCCUGAAAUCGACGCAGGACGAAAUCAACCAGGCAAGAAGCAAGCUGUCCCAGCUGCAUGAAAGCCACCAAGAAGCCCACAGGACCCUGGAGCAGUAUGACGAGGUGCUCGACGGGGCCCACGGUGCCAGCCUGACCAACUUAGCCGACCUGAGCGAAGCCAUCUCCCUGACAGAGAGGGGCGGUUUUGGAGCCAUGGACGAUCCUUUCAAAAAUAAAGCCUUGUUAUUUAGCAACAAUGCCCAAGAAUUGCAUCCGGAUCCUUUCCAGACCGAAGACCCCUUCAAAUCCGACCCAUUUAAAGGAGCUGAUCCCUUCAAAGGUGACCCGUUCCAGAAUGACCCCUUCGCAGAACAACAGACCGCUUCAGCAGAUCCAUUUGGAGGGGAUCCUUUCAAAGAAAGCGACCCGUUCCGUGGCUCUGCACCUGACGACUUCUUUAAGAAACAGACAAAGAAUGACCCAUUUACCUCAGACCCGUUCACGAAAAACCCUUCCUUACCCUCAAAGCUCGACCCCUUUGAAUCCAGUGAACCUUUUUCAUCCUCCAGUGUCUCCUCAAAAGGAUCAGGUCCCUUUGGAACCUUAGACCCCUUUGGAAGUGGGUCCUUCAAUAGUGCUGAGGGCUUUGCCGACUUCAGCCAGAUGUCCAAGCCCCCAACUUCUGGUCCUUUCACCUCCUCCUUUGGAGGGGCAGGAUUCCCAGAUGACCCCUUUAAAAGUAAACAGGACACUCCCGCUCUGCCUCCGAAGAAACCUGCUCCUCCGCGGCCUAAACCGCCCAGCGAAGCAGUGGCUGAUCAGAAAAACUCUGUGCUGUACACACUGCUGGGUGGUAAAAGUACACCUGUAAGCCAGCUUGGUUCUGCAGACUUUCCCGAGCCCCCCGAUCCAUUCCAGCCACUCGGGGCUGACAGCAGUGACCCGUUCCAAAAUAAAAAGGGGUUUGGGGACCCGUUUAGUGGAAAAGAUCCAUUUGCUCCCUCCUCUUCAGCUAAACCUUCUAAAGCCUCUUCCUUGGGCUUUGCAGACUUCACCUCUAGGCUGUUGUGUUCAGGGACUCUUGGCAGCUGAGGUGUCGCACGCUUCCGAAGUCUGAAAACAAGACGGCAGAAGUUUCGUUAGGGUGUCGCUGCCCCCAGAAGGGUCUCCGUUGCCAGAGUUGUGAUGGGCCCGCCCCAGUGCAUUUGGAGCGGCUAGUGAGGACGGAUGGACCCAGGCAGGACCCGCAAAGGAAGAGCCAUUCGAUUUUUCAGCACUUAAUUCAGUUACCAGCUACAAUGCACAGAGACGUCCAGCCCAGAACAACUGCCCUGACGCCCUUUCCCUUUGCCAAAACUAAACCAAAACCAAAACCCUCCCGGAGCCAGUUAGCAAAGCUAAGUGCCUUUUCAGAAGCUAAUCCUGGGAUUUCUGAAAGCCUGGCUUUGUUUCUCGGAGCGGAGCGCAAGAAAAGAUUCCAGGUUGUAAAACGCUGUCCCUCCAGGCUGUUUUCAGUACCUUCCUGGGUACCGAGAAUCUUGUUCUCCGAGAGCUUCAGAUGUUGUCUUCCCAGAACUGGUUUCACGGUCUGUCUGUCGCGCACUGUUUGUUUUUGAAAAGGUUUUCUUCAUUCGAAUUUGCAAAGUACUUUUGUUUCCUGGCUAGGGGUGGAGACGCAUGACCUAAUAGACACUCCUGCUCCCAGACUCUGUCCUAACACAGGCUCUGCCCUGUCGGUGCCCAGUGAGUGCCUGAUUCGCUUCAGAUCCACCUCGUGCACAGCUAGCCGUCCUGUGGCGUUACCGAAAUCGCCCGAGAUGCCGACGCGUUCUCGGCUCUUGGCGACCUAUAAAUAUUUUACGACUGCCUUUAGCUGAAUUUUGUUGACAGCCAGUGCACACUGUGGAUGUAUACAAAUGGCAACAUUAUUAAUAAAAGCCCAAAACAAAA